UUAGGCACUUGCGUUUGUGGUAGUGACUUGGAAGUCUCGAAUCCAGCACAUUUAGAAAUUUAAACGUCUCAAAUCCCCUUUACACUCCUAUUUGCUAUCUCCUAUUCAAAGCUAUAAAUUCAAAGCUAUAAGGAGGACCUCAAUUCUGUGUCGAGUACUCGAGAGUCAGCCACCGGGUUCCAGUCAUGCUCCGGUCCACAUUAUCGUCAUCAGAAAGUUACCCAUUUUCUUUCAUCCAAACCUAACUCGACGGUCGACCUUUUCUUUAAAUCUCACUUUAACCUCAUACAACUUUCCAACUCUAUUAUUGAAUCCCAUAUUAAGGUCAUUAUCUACCAAACCUUACUAUGGCCAAGAAUAAAAGGGGCGGCGGAGGCUCUAGGUUUAAGGGCCAGAGAUUCCCUCGUCGUAAGAACCCUCUAUUCGGAAAUCCCUCGGGGGAGUAUAGUGGCAAUAAUUCAUCACCAGCCUCCCACGGCUCCGUGCGACUUCAUGGCUAUACGCUUGCCGACGAGGCUAGGAACACGGCAUCCAAUCGCCGCGGAGCCCGUAGCAAUGACGCGAAACUAAGAUAUAAGCCUGUUACAUUUAUCAGCGCUGGUUUCAUGGACCCUCUGAAUGACCUGAACGUACAACUUACCGCUUCAAAUGAAACACGGGUAAGCUCAGGUACCACAGAGCAGGCAUCGGUUACCGCAGAUCCUAUCAUAGAUGCUCGUCCAUCUGAGGGCCAUGUUUCGCCUUCGCCUAGUGAAGUCCUGUCUCGUAGAACACAGCCAUCUUCCACGUCAAACACCCAUAUUGUUCCAAACAAAAACUCGGCAAAGGGUCAUAGACGUUCUACAGAUCCCAAAUCUGAUCAUAGCGGGGAUUCCAGUGAGGAAGUCAUACUAUUCAAAGGGAGAGACCGCGCUCGCAAAGAUCCAAUCUCUCCGAAGAGUAAACAAAAUGAGGCUGAUGUAGAUUCUUUGAAACUCCAUGAAUUGGAUCUUGAACUACAGCAUGUUGUCGAAGAGGCCAUUCACCCAGAACCGACAGAAUCGGAGCACGUCGUGGAAGAGGAUGAUUAUAUACCUCUUAGCUCUAAGCCGAAAACCCGUGGAAGGCGGCAUAAAGUAAAUCAGAAUGUCACAUCAGAUGAGGAUGCUGCUAUCAUUGCAGAUUAUAUGGCCAAUAUUAAGGACUGGGAGGAGGAGGAAGAAGAUGACGAAGUCCAGCAUUUGGGAGUCGGGUCUUAUGGUUUUAGUAUACUGAGAGAUCUCGGCGGCACCGAUAGCGACGCUGUUCCCGACGAAGUCUCUAGUGAAGAUGGUACAGGCCACAGCUCGGAAGAUGCGGAAGAGGAAACCGACGCAGAAAAUCACCAACGUCAGCUCGAGGCAGAGGACGAACGCAUAGCCCGCAUGCUCGCCAAACAAGAGGAGCUGGGUAUUGGCGGUGAUGAUGUUUUGCUUUUUGAUGGAGAAGCAUCCGACGAAUGGAUGACAUCCCAAGCUGCCCCGCGUCGUAAGAGGAAGGGUGAUUCCAAGAAAGCUAAGAUGAUCCAAAAACAAGGCCAAUUUCCAAGUGCAACGCAGAUGGCGGAUGCAUUCGAUGAGCUGGACCUUAUGGAUUGGCAUAGACCUAGUCUUAACAACUUUAAGAAAGCUCUACCAACAUUCGAUCUUUCAGACUCUGAGUUGGAAGAGGCUAUGAGAUUGACCCACCAGCGGGACCGCCUUAAGAAGGCAGAGAAGAAGAGAGCACGCGAGGAACUACGAUCCCAAGGUCUACUUGGAAAGAACGUCAAUCCCAAUGACCUUCGAAUUAAGUACAUUGGGGGUAUGUCAUUAGAUGACCUCGCCAACGAACUUGAGGCCUUCCUCAUUGGUUCUAAAGAACAACUUAUUCUGCCACCAUUUGACAAAGGUACCCGUAAAACUGUCCACGCUCUAGCAAACAAGUUCAGAAUUAAAUCGCAAUCCGCGGGCAAGGGCAAGGAUAGAUACCCGGUCCUUUAUCGCUGCAAGACCACGCUCCCAUUCGACCAAGCCACCUUUGAUAGAACAUUUGGCCGCGUCAAGCAAACCUGGUUCCCGCGUGUUGAUGCUAAUGCCAAAUUGGUGGAUGAAACUAGAAUCCUCAAGCGAGCCGAAGCCCGCAGUGGUAAGUCGCGCUUCAAGAGCUCUUUAACCUACCGUGAAGGCGACGUCAUCGGACAAAAUGCCGUCGAACUAGGCGUAGAGAACAAGGGCAGAACGAUACUGGAGAAGAUGGGAUGGUCAAAGGGCAUGGCCCUGGGAAGUGAGGAGAAUAAGGGCAUUAUGGUACCCAUUACACAUGUGGUCAAGAAAUCCAAAGCUGGUCUUGGAGAUGCCUAAGAGGCAGCAUUCACUGAUGUAUUCAGAUCAGUUGUAAACUUACUGUUGGAACAAUACGAGGCUACGACUCAGGAGGUACGGUAUAACUAUCCCCAGACAUGCUGGGAUGUUCGAAAUGCUUAGCUACUCGAACCACAAGUUAUCAAGCCUAAGAUUAAGAUUUCAUCCUCUCCUACAUAAUAAUAUUACAAAUCAAUAUUGAGGUUAUCCCCCGGAAUGCAAGAC